GGCCGAAAACGUUUGAUUUUUAAAUUUUGGACUUUUAUUUUGCUGGAAAGUUUGAAUUUAGGUGUGAUUCGUUACCAGUACAAUGUCUUAUGAGAGCUAUAAGAUAUAGUAUUUGAGAUUUUUCAUAUCUGGCAACUUACAAGAAAUUUCAUUAACUUACGGUACAAAGUGUUUUUGAAUCCAAGUGUGUUGGAUCAUCAUGCUGAAACCACAUAUGUUCUCAGAUUGUGAAAGCACAACCUCUAGCAGCUCAGAAGGACAUUUUUCAGAAAAUGUCUGUAUAUGUACUGUUCAGUAUUGGGAAGCAAAGUGAAGUUCAGUCAAAUAAUCAUGUAUUAUAUCUGCCUAUAUAUCAAACUGAUAAGAAUGACACAGGAAUGCAUGUGUAUUUUCCUCAUCCUAAAUGUGGCUGUUGAACAUUCCCUGAUUUGAGAAGCAUACUUUGUGUGGGUACAGCACAUAAGCUGGAAAUUGCAAGUCUAUUGUACAAUACUAAAAGAUGAAUUUGCAAACUUAAUUGUGUGAAAAAUUGUUUGGUAGGCGUCCUUACAACUUCUGAGAAUCAUACAGAUACAGCAGUUGCUUACAUACAAUGUUUCAAACAGUUUCAUUACUUACAUUUCAGUCAUGUUCAUCAUGGAAAGUACUUAAAGAAGGGUUGUGGGCAAAUGUAUCCAAAAUUAUUUCUUUUACUUAUUUUUAAAUGUUCUGUUGAUUACUGUAUCUUGUUUAGAGACCUGGAAAGAUUCAGUCUCUUGUAGUUGAUUAUUGUAUUGACAAAAAUGUGCCUGGAAAGGCUUUUGCAAGAAAUAUUUUUCUCCAUAAAGUUAUCUAGCAGCUUUUCUGUUACACUUAGCUAUAUCAUAUACAAGGUGCACAUUAAAGUUGAGCCAGCUAUUUAAAGUUUGGUUACAAUACUUACCUAGGCAUAAUAAAUUUGUGCCUAUAUAAAUAUUGCAAGUAUGCCAAAAAAUCAUGAUACAGGAAAUCCUCAUUAAUUCAAGCUUGUGUAGUUUGAAAUCCCAUUAGUUUAUAAUUGUCCUUUUGUCCUGGCUGGGGAUAUACAGAUUUACAUGCUAAGGAAUUCAGUUAAUUUGAAAUAUGCUUAUUUUAAAAUUCAAAGUGAAAAUUUUGUCUGAACUGUGAUAUGCAUAUGUUUAACUCGUUUGUUUAGAUUGAAGGGUCUCCAUACUAUUAGAAAACAAUAGACCAGCGAUUCCCAAACUUUUUCGAUCCACCGCCCCUUUGUUCCUUAACCCAAUGCCCCCUAACCCAUUUUCUCUUGUUUGAGAAAGGAUUGAAACUAUUCUUAGGAAAACUUUUCUAUGAAUCUCUCACACUUUGUGCCCUUAUCGUACAUUGUUCUCAACAUCUGGAAACCAUUAAAGUCGAUGUUUCCUCUUAUCAGUUUAACAGAGGAAAAGGAACGGCUUUCAGUGACCCCAAUUUUGUCUUUGGUCACUGUUCAAUACCCUGCCUCCAACGCCCCCUAGAUUUACUCAAUGCCCACAAGGGGGCAUUAUUGCCCACUUUGAGAAACGCUGCAAUAGACCAAUAAUAACUCUAAUCUAGUCAAUAUAGUUUUGCUUUUACAGUAAUGUAUUUUCAGAUGUCACCUUACAAGGACUACCUGUUUUUUUUCUCUUAUUUCAUAAAAUACAGCCUAUUUUUAGAAUUACAAGAUUGGGCUGAGUUACAGAUUGAGAUAUUUGUAAGGCUCUAGGCUACUAGAUUUUGGUGACUUACUACUUUUUGGGCCAUUUUAAAGAUAAUUUGGGCUACAUUUUGAAGAAGUCUGCUUUACAUUUUAUAAAACCUAUCUGACAACCUGUGGUGUUUUCAUCUGCAGUUUAUUUAUAUUUAUAUAUAAUCUUUACGAGCCAAAAAUGCCUCAAUCAACAAAAUGGACUAACAGCGUAUAAAACUGGCACAAUAACAGAGGCUCAUAACAUGAGAGUUAUGAAAUUUAGCAUCAUCCCUGUUGUGCAUGUAUCUGUAGAAACACAAAAUCCAUCAGAUCUUCCAAAGUUGAUUGAAGGUUUGAAGAGAUUAGCAAAAUCUGAUCCUAUGGUUCAGUGUAUAAUUGAAGAAUCUGCAGAACACAUUGUUGCUGGUGCCGGAGAGUUACGUCUUGAAAUUUGCUUGAUAGACUUGGAAGAGGAUCAUGCUUGUAUUUCAUUCAAAAACACUGAUCCAGUUGUAUCUUACCAAGAAAGUGUGUUAAAAGACUUUAGUAUAAUUUGUCUGUGUAAAUCUCCUAAUAAGCACAAUUGUCUGUAUAUGAAAGUUAUGCCUGUGUCUAAUGGUCUUCCAGAGGACAUGGAUAAGAGCACUGUCAAUCCAAGAGAUGAUUUUAAGGUUUAAGCUUGCUAUUUAUCAGAUAAGAAUGGGAUGCUACUGAAGCAUAUAAAAUUGGUGUUUUGGUCCAGAAGGAACAGGUCCUAAUCCAGGCAUGGCCAACAUACGGCCUGUCUAAUGAAUUUAUGUGGCCUGCGAUCAAUCUUUCAAUAUUAGCUACUCAAGUCUGAAUAGCUCGAUGAAAAAUUCUGACACCUAAAACAGCCAUUUAGAGU